ACUUCCGGUCCGUAGGCCGGAGUCCGUUCCCGAAAGCCCUCGCUUCUGGACUACCACACUUCCGGGCACUGCUUCUCUUCCGCCUGCCGGCCCGAGUUCCAUGUUGAGCCCGGAUGCUGCGGGUGCUGUGUGGCUUGCGGGGCGUGGCGUUGCACACAUCUUGGUCUGCCUGGACGAGCACCUUCGGUCAAGCCUGUCUUCCCAACACAGCGACUGCAGAUGAGGGAGUUCCCGAGUUGAGUGUCCCAGCGAUGGCUACUCCCUGGAGGUGCGCCCUGUUGAUGAUCCUGUUGUCCCAGGUGGUGACCCUGGUAAAAUGCUUGGAAGACGACGACGUCCCGGAGGAGUGGCUUCUUCUGCACGUGGUCCAGGGCCAGAUAGGAGCUGGGAAUUACAGCUACUUGCGGUUGAACCACGAGGGUAAAAUUAUUCUCAGGAUGCAGAGCCUCCGGGGGGAUGCGGACCUGUAUGUGUCCGACAGCACUCUGCACCCAAGCUUCGACGAGUAUGAGCUGCAAUCGGUCACUUGCGGCCAGGAUGUGGUCUCUAUACCGGCGCACUUCCAGCGCCCGGUGGGGAUAGGAAUUUAUGGACACCCAUCACACCAUGAAAGCGACUUUGAGAUGAGGGUAUACUCUGACAGAACUGUGGAUCAGUACCCAUUUGGAGAGGCUGCCUAUUCUGCUGACCCUACAGGAGCCAGUCAGAACCAAGCUUAUGCUCCAGAGGAGUCAGCCCAAGAAGAGGAGUCGGUCCUCUGGACGAUAUUGAUUAGCAUUUUGAAAUUGGUGCUCGAAAUUCUCUUCUGAACCCUUAUCUGCACGGAGCAGUUAGUUUGCUGUGGACCUUGCUACUUGACCUGGUGAAAUUCUGGUUCCUUUUUCUAGACUAGGAUGGAAAAAUAAAGCCAUACAGUUUUGUUACCUCAAUUUACUCCCCAACAGGAAAAGCAGCAAGCACAAUAUUUUAGAGAUUAAAAUCCCUAUAAAAAGGAGUCUGCUCAAUAAAAUGUUUAAAUACAUUUUGGUUAGUCAGGUGAGUAAAAAGAUUAUUGCAGUAACAGGCUGUAUAAAUCAGAUUGUCUUUGUGCUAGUGCAGAUGAAAUCAAAAGGCUGACCAACUUUAGAAUUUAUUCUAGACAUUCUAAAUGAAGUACAGCACUUCAAGUUUUAAAGAGGUACUAAGCCAGGUCAGAAAUGGUACAUGGUACCCGAUACUCAAGCAAGCUUUCCUGGCAGGCACAUAUUUACAAACUGUUGCUGUGCCAGUUGAUGACUAUUCCAUAUCCAGUUGUACCAGAUCUUGGGCGAUCUGCCCUUUCCUCUGCUUGGGCUGACUGGAGUGCUAUGGUUAUUAAGUAACUGUAAUACUACCUAAGCAGGUCAAGAUAGUCAUGACAGAUGCUAACUUUUCAGACUCAAGAAGUAUUUCAAAUGAAGUUGCUACCUCUUUCUGCUGAUCUCUGGAAAGACAGCACUAAGAGAUUAAAAUCUGGAGAAAGCCAUUUCUCUGACUUUCAAGGGUAGGAGUUGCUAAUAAUGAAAUAAAUCAACGUGAAGAUGUUUAAGGUUAUAGUUAA